GCGAAUUCUGAAUAACGGGCUGCGGGAUUGGCGAGAGCCCUUGGUUAGGCCAAUGACGAUGCUUGUUGCUUGAGUCGGGAGGUUCUCAGCUCGCCAUCUUUCUGCUUGGGGAGGCAGAACGCUGAGCUGUACAUUCCUGGUGUAUGUGGACCAGCCAUGCCGCAUUAUCAGACCUGGGAAGAGUUUAGCCGCGCUGCUGAGAAGCUCUACUUGUCUGAUCCCAUGAAGGUACGUGUGGUACUCAAAUACCGGCAUUGUGAUGGAAAUCUGUGCAUCAAAGUAACAGAUGAUGUUGUUUCCAUUUUCCGAAAGCAGCCAGCGAGGUGCUUCUGGAACUCACAGAUUAAGGCAUUAAGUUGCAACAAACACCAAAACUGAACAACCUCUUCCAGUGGUUUCUAGUAUUUGCUGAAUAAAACGAGGGACAGAACAGAAUAGCACCACCUUCUAAGAUCUUCCAGGGAGGACUGAAACCACUGCAAAACAUUGCCUCAAGUCCCAUGCCAAAAGGAUCAUCAAUGGUGUUGAUAUCUCCCAAGAGGUCCAGCAGAAUCAACAAGGACACACUCAUGGUGUCUUAAUUGCCAACAAAGGUUAUCUACCAAGGUGACCAAAGCUGUUUAUGUCCUAUAUGUGGGGCUGAAAGUAGACUCUAGUGGAUCUGGAUAACCUGUCUCAUCCAGGAGCCUAUGGAGCUGAGAAACUACCAAAAGCUGAGAAACUACCAAAAGCUCUGAUGCCUUGCCUAUGAAUGGAGCAUUGGAAACAGUAUUUGUCCAGUGUGGAGGGAUUUAAACGGGGCAUUUUAGCAACAGUCUUAUUAGUGUCUCUUUUAGACAUUCAGGAACUCUGCCUUAUUCCAAGGAGGCAUUUAAGACUCUCCUUACCUGCUCAAAUUAAUCCUCUCCAGGCUGGUUUUAUAAGCUAUGAAGGACAACGAUGCUGCAUAUAUGUGGUAGCUUUCACCUGUUGAAAAGAUCUUUGGGCUGUACCAACUGAAAAGUACCCAUUACUUCCAAACAAAUGGGGGACAAGAUAAAAUCCACUGAAUCUAUAUUAGCUACAGUGUCCAAGCCAGAGUGAAUCUGAACAUUUUUUUUUUAAUGCAAAAUGGUGUGCUCUUUAUGUGGGCUUUUUAUUACUUUUCAUUCUUAUCUCAAGGUACUGUAAUAUGCCCUUGACUACUUGAGAAAGCUCUGCUUCAUUGCUCUGUGCAUAUGCAGUAAGAGAAUUAGGGCUGGUUGCAUGAUGAUUGUACAGUUGGGAGGACUGGGCCCAUGAGAGAGUCUGGAACAUACCUAUGGUAACUAGCAUGGUUGUCCUUGUACAGAUGUGUAAAUACACUUAAAUCUAUGUUUUUAAGCUAAAGAAAACCUGUUCGUCUCAGGAUAAGACACUGGGUGACAAUAUAGGCUGCAGUUAUUUAUCUGUUGACUUGGAGUUAGUCUCCUUAAAUGCAGUAGUAUGUACUUAGUAGACAUGUAGAACACUGCACUGCCAAAAAGUUUUUAAAUUAUUUUUAAUGGUGGAAGAAUGUAUAAAAUCCCUUUUUUUACAAGUAGAGAUGUGUUGGUUGGCUAACUGGUGUUUUUCUUAUGUUCCAUGAAAUUCUUGUGAUGUGGGAAUAGGAACAGGCUAGCAGUAGUGAACCUUCUCUUAAAGGGCUCCAGUAUGAAUUCAUCAGAAGUUAAGGAGAUAUUUUGAUUAAGGUUUAUUUGUGUAUUUAUUUAUUUAACAUAUGCUACCCACACUACCCAAAAGUCUCUGGGUGGCUUACAAUUUGAAUACAAUAAAAAGAUAAAACAAUUAAAAUUAAAUUAAAAAUACAGUGCUCUAAAAAUUGCCAUGGUUGGGUGAAAGAUGGAGCUUUGUGUCCUCAGAUUAUCAGGAUACAAAGCAAAUGACACUGUAUUCCAAAAUGUAUUGUUUCUAAAGCAAUAUUCAAUGAUAUAUUUUCUUGGCAUCUGUCUUACAAGAAAAUUUUAAAAUGAGAGUUAUAACAUUGAAAGAAACCCUACUAAGUCUCUCCAUCCCUCUUUUUU